UAGUUAAAUGGUAAGACCCUGAAAUUGAAUAAUAGAAUGGGCCGUACUAGAGUGGAUAUAUUAUAUAUAAGGGAAAUGCAUGGCAAGCAAUCAUCAAAUUAGAAAGACACGGCUAAAGUAACUUAAGACCGGAAUAUGGCAAGCGUCUCUGUGUUAUCUGCUGCUGCCCGGAGAUUGGAAGGCAAGGUAGCACUCUCAGUCAUCACAGGAGGUGCUAGUGGAAUUGGUGAAUAUGCUGCUAAACUUUUUACCAAACAUGGUGCCAAAGUCAUGAUUGCUGAUAUUCAAGAUGAUUUGGGCCAAUCAGUUUGCAAAUAUUUAGGCCCAUCAGUAGCCUCAUACAUCCAUUGCAAUGUCACAAAUGAAGCCCAUGUUCAAAAUGCAGUGGACUCAACAAUGGCCCAAUAUGGAAAACUCGACAUCAUGUUCAAUAACGCGGGCAUAGUGGGCCUUCCCAAACCCAAUAUCCUUGACAACACACAAUCAGAAUUUGAAAAUGUUGUCAAGGUAAAUCUUACUGGGACAUUUUUGGGCACCAAGCACGCGGCCCGAGUAAUGAUCCCGACCCGACAAGGAAGUAUAAUAUCGACGGCUAGUAUUUGCUCCACCAUAGGAGGUGUAGCCUCCCAUGCCUACACUAGCUCGAAGCACGGUGUGUUGGGGCUCACAAGGAACACGGCCGUGGAACUCGGUAAACACGGGAUUCGAGUGAAUUGCGUGUCGCCGUAUUUGGUUUUCACCCCUUUGUCUAGGAGCUUUUUUAAUCAAGACGAAGAAGCUAUGGCUAAUGUAUACUCUAAUCUCAAAGGGGCUUGUUGUACGGUGGAUGAUGUUGCAAAUGCAGCAUUAUAUCUUGCAAGUGAUGAUUCUAAGUAUAUUAGUGGGCAUAAUAUUGUUGUUGAUGGUGGAUUUACCAUUAUGAAUACUGGCCUUUGUAUGUUUGAGUAACUCUAAUAAUAAGAUUGUGAUUUUUUAUUUA